GUAACGCUUACGAAGAAUGAAAUUGCAUUGAAGAACCCUAAUUUAUUAUUGAUACAUCUAUCCCAUUUCAUUGAAUUUUACAGCACCUCUUAGGCUUAUUCCUACAAUACAAGGGUUCAUUAUUGGAGCUCUUGCUUUUGUGAACAUGAACUUUGCGAUUCAACCUCAAAAAGCAAAUUACUGUAGUUGCAUUUUUUUGUAAACGGAAAGAUGUAGUCGAUAGGAAGUGUCUUUUAUUGUUGCACAGAAGAAGUGGGAAUUUUAUCACCCCACUUAGGGCCCCUUUUGUCAGUUCAUGAACAAUUGAAAAUGGUCUGAUCUCUUGAUGUACUAUGAGAAGAGGCCAUGCUUUGUAUAUAUAUAGCCCACUAUCAUCAGCCAGCAUUUUCCAUAAUUCAUUCAAUUCUCCUCUUUUCAAAUAAUUAUCCCGUUUCAUCACAAUAAUGUCUACAAUUGCCAGAUUCAUGAAAGCUUCGAAUAAGCCGGAAGUAUAUCCUAUCGUAGGAAUUCUUAGCAUUGCUCUUUCUGGUGCCGGUUUCUUUGGUUACAGAGCGAUGAAGGCUCCUGAUGUUGUUUGGAGUUCAAGAACGAAUCCUUAUCCUUGGCAAGCUAUCAAAGAUGGAGAGCAGGUCAAACUAAUAACCAUGAAUCAAAAGUACAAGCACCGUUGGCAACGCAAGGAUUGGUAGCGAAAGUGAUAAACAACACGUCGACUACAAGCAAAUUUUUUGCUUUCCGUUAAAAAUAUGAUAUUGAUUGAUAUACCUCCAAAUUUGCUCUACAUCUAUUUCUUUUUUUUUUUUUUAUUUUACACUGCCAGAUAAUAGAUAGUUUCUUCAAUGCUACAACAUGCCAGAAUAGACCACUUUUUUUUUUUUUUUUUUUUUCAAAACCACCCUCCAGUAAAUUUUUGUCUCAAGCUCUUCGCUUAUUCUCUCCGGUAUCUUUCUUUUCAUUGCAAAGUUGGACCGUUUUUGAAAGAGACCGAAAAGUCAGCAACUUGUUCAUACCAAAAGACAGGAUAUUACAAAAAAAAAAAAA